GGGGCGGGCGUCGAGCCGAGCCGAGCCGGGCUGGGGCGGCUGCGACGGGCACUGGGACGGGCGCGGGGCCGCCAUGGAGCCCCCGAGGGACCAAGGGCUGCUGAGGAGUGACUCUAUACCUGAGGUUGGAGAGGAUGUUGCUGCUACAGUCAGUAUGGCAGAAACACUCUCAGAAGAAGAACGGGAUGAGCUAAGAAAAGAGCUUGCCAAGGUGGAAGAGGAAAUCCAGACGCUCUCACAAGUGCUAGCUGCCAAAGAGAAGCAUCUAGCAGAAAUCAAGAGAAAGCUGGGAAUUAACUCACUACAGGAACUAAAGCAGAACAUUACCAAAAGCUGGCAAGAUGUUACAUCAACCACGGCAUACAAGAGAACAUCAGAAACCCUGUCUCAGGCUGGUCAGAAGGCUUCUGCUGCUUUUUCUUCUGUUGGUUCAGUCAUAACCAAGAAAUUUGAAGAUGUCAGACUACAGGCAUUUUCACAUUCCUUUAGUAUACGCUCCAUACAACAUUCAAUUAGUAUGCCUAUUAUGAGAAAUUCUCCUACUUUCAAAUCCUUUGAGGAGAAGGUUGAAAACUUCAAGUCUAAAGUUGGAGGAAGCAAACCUGCUGGAGGAGACUUUGGAGAGGUUCUCAAUUCUGCUGCCAAUGCCAGUGCCACAGAAACUAUUGCAGAACAGACAGAGGAGGAGACCCACUGAGAUUUCUGCUUCUGUCCUGCUACCCACUGCCAGAUGCUGCAAGGAAGACCAAGCACACUUGUAACAUUCUCUGCGCUCCUUCCACCAGAUGUGCUUUUAUUUAGCACGUAGUUAUUUUACCCGAUUAACUGAUACCAAGCUUGUUUGUGGGUUCAAAAUAUUUUUGAAGCUAAAAUACAUAGUUUGGGAUUUUGUGUGGGAAGGGGAAUUUCUAUGCCUUUCAAGCAUUUAAAGGACUUACCUGUAAUUUGAAGACAACCUUUAAAAUAUAGCAAUGAAAAAAACCUCUUUUGAGAAGUUAAUUAUAUUGUACAGAUACUGUGGAUGCGUAUUUUCUUUCCAAUCUGUAAUUACUGCUCAACUUAAUCCUUAUGAAUCUACUGCUGCUGCCAAACUGAAGCUUGUUACUUCGCUCCCUUGUGAUUGUUUCAGUUGAGUGUUGCCUGCAAGGGACACUGGACAGGAGGCUGGACAAGGAGGAAGGAUCACUCCCAGCUACAGAAAGGACUUCAGUUUCAGCGGGCUUUACACAAGCUAUAGCAGGAUCACACAUGAGUAGGAAUGUACUGUCUUUUGAGCGUGUUCCUCAUCCAGCAGGUGUGGAAAGGUGAUAGAACAUCUAAACUUACCCAUCUGUCCGUGCACUGUCCACCUCAGAAACUUCUGACCAAUGCAGAUGGGAGCAGAUGCCUCAUAGUGCUGGUUUGGUUCAGUCACCACAGCAUUUUCAGGCUUGUUUCUUGUACAGGAUGUCACUGUGGUAAGAUAACACUCUUCUGAACAUUGGACCAGUCACAAAUAGAUUCAUUCACAUGUGGUGGUGUCAUAUUCACACUAACAAAGCAUGGACUAGAAGAAUAAGCCUGACCCCAGAAGUGGUUCUUUUGUAGUCAUCAGGAGAAUUGCUCCUAUAGCCUAAUGUUGUUUCUCUUGUAGGCUGAGCCCUGAAAACAUCUGCUACACCAUCUUACUCUUUUUAAAUGUAUUUAAGCCAACACCCCUGUUGCCAGCCCCAGAAGUCUGUUUGGAGAGGUGCACAGUGUCACUGCUCAGUGUAGCUCUCCUAAAAGAUGUGUCCUCCUGCAUCUUGUUUUGUCUGCUGUACUUCUCAAAUUUCUUGUGUUUUAUGUGUUUCUGCCACAUGGUUAGAACAUUUUAUCACCCUGCUUAGAACUGGAAACAAGUUUUGCUACAUUUGUGUGAAAUCCAUGAAACUUCAACUGCCACAGGUGUCUGGAGGAAAAAAAGUUGGCUCCUGACAACCUUGCUAGCAUAUCAGAUGUAGAAUGUGUGCUUAAUUACAAUGUGAGAAGCUUAAUAAAAGUGUAUGUGAGGAA